AUGAUUGAGGAGAAGGACUUCCAAGCCCUUCUGGCGGCUGCACGCCUUCCACCGGAAGGACACGAGUCAAAGGUGUUGCUGCUGAGUGGUAUGCUGAAAGUCGCUGCUGCAGUUGGCGGCGCGGCGCAGUUUGCAGAAUCCUUGAGCCUCAUGGCACAGCCAGCGUAUCGCGAUGUGAAGAUCAGCAUAGAGACAUUUCACGAAGUUCUCACGCAGUUGCUUUUCCGUGUACCAACGCCUGCUGCCAUGGUGCGCAUUGCCUUGAACCUGACUAUCCAGAAGAAAGCUGAUAUCGUGCCUCUCCUGCCCGUUGAUCUUGGUGAUGGGCCCAGUGAGCAUGAGCUUCAUGAACUCUUCCGGGGCUGCCGCCCAUGUACAGAAUUGUCAGCUGACAGCUCAGAGUCGGAGAUCGUCACCAGCGCAUGCAAUGCCUUGGAGCAGGUGGCUGUAGAAGAUCUGCUGGGCAGGGUCGAGCUAAAGCCUGCCGCGGCAGGCUUCGUGGACUACUACAGCCAUUUCCUGCCGAUACUUCACUUAGACUUUCUGGAGGAGCUACGACAGAACCAGCGAAUGCUGGAAAGGCCCCGCCAUGCUGUGCGGCGCUUAAAGCCAGAGCCCAGUGACGAUGGAAAGCUGCUAUUGCUGAAGGUAGCUGCAGCCCAAAUGUCUGAGCUCGAUGUCUCUGCUGGGAAUGCGCUCUUGCUCUCAAAGACAGGCAUGAGUGUACUGCAUGGAGGCGCUAUAUGCUUUGCGCCUAUCACUUACUCGUCGUCACUUGGACCAUUGGCAGAAGUGGCGUUAGAUGUCGGAGGGAAGCCGAAUGUGCGAGAGAUUUGUGAAAAAGAGGAGCUCGUGGAUGUAUACUCUGCGGUGAAUGUAGUGGCAUACAAGCGACAACUUGCAGCACUCGAGAAAGUGGCUACUGCUGAAAAGAAAGGAAGGUUUCCACUGUGGGAGUUGCUGCCCUUGUGUGGGGUGGGCGGUGAUAUUGUGGACUCUUGGGCCAGCAAGAUGAGAAGCAAGCUGUCGAAUGGAAGGCCAGGCAAGGUUGGUGCGCUGGGUGGCCUGCCACAAAGUGAGAACGACGUGAGCGUGCUGAAAUUGAAGUCUUUGGCUGCAGAAGACCCCAGCAGCCUGUACAGCCGGCAGCUCUCAUCCCCUUCGAAAGAGCUCAAUGCGUCGCAGGCGCAGGCUACAGAGGCUGCGUUGCAAAGGCGUCUUACGGUGAUCCAGGGGCCGCCUGGCACAGGAAAGACCCACGUGUCGGUUGAGAUUCUCAGACUCUGGUCACGCAUGGGAGUUAAGCCCAUUCUUGUGACGUCUCACAACAACGUGGCAGUGGACAAUGUCGCCGAAAUGGCUUUUGCAAAAGGUUUGGAUGUCGUUCGUAUUGGCAGGCAAGACCGCACCAGCUCAGCUCUAGAUCAUUGUUCCUUAAACUCCAUUUUGGACGAAAUUUGCGGUGAGGACGAGGGGCCAUCGUUCAGAUUUUCGACAGCACUUCGGGUCUUGAAAAAUGCCGACGUAGUUUGCGUCACCACAAUUGCAUCAGGCACCAAGCUCUUGAACAAAGUGGCCUUUGGUGCGAUUUUGAUGGAUGAAGCUGCUCAAACAACAGAGGUGUCGGCAUUGGUGCCCCUGGCCCAUCUGCGUGCUGAUCGCUUGGUCCUUGUUGGAGACCACUGCCAGCUGCCAGCCACAGCUUUGUCACUCGAGGCCGAGACACGUGGCCUGACCCUUUCCCUUUUCCAGCGCCUGGUAAUGAGAGGAUUCCCUUCCUACUUUCUCGACACACAGUUCCGCAUGCACCCGGUGAUUGCGGAGCACAGUUCUGAGGCAUUCUAUGACUCGAAGCUCCUGUCAGGGGUGUCCGCUGCAAUGAGGCCUCCACCUGCAGGUUUUGAAUGGCCUUGCCCAUCAGAAGGACUGGCUUUCAUCGACACUGGUGGUUCUCAAGAUUGUUCCGAGGAGAGGGACAGGCUGUCGUGGUGCAAUCCUGGUGAAGCCGUUCUGUUGACACAGAUCCUGGCCAGCAUCCUGAGCACCGGUGAGUUGGCAGCAUCUCAGAUUGGAAUUGUCACCCCAUACAUGGGCCAAGUCCGCACACUUCGACGCCUGAUUGACAAAUACCUGAGCCUAAGUCCAGCGGCUUCCCAAGAACUUCUUGUUGCUUCUGUCGAUUCGUUCCAGGGCCGCGAGAAGGAGCUAAUUCUGUUCAGCGCGGUGCGCUGCAACAAGGCAGGGCAUGUUGGCUUCCUGGCUGAUUGGCGGCGCCUCAAUGUCAUGCUCACGAGAGCACGGAGGGGCUUGAUCAUUGUGGGCGAUCGCUGGACUCUGAGGGCUGACCCCUUUUGGCGCACAUAUGUAGAUUGGGCCGAGAGAAGGGGCUAUGCUCUGGAUUUUAGUUUGCCCGAGACAGCUUCCUGA